AUGUUCCUUACAGAUGUAGUUUUUCUCACGCAACUAAAAUGUGGAACAAUUAUUUGCCAUUCUUUCUGGCCUUCGUCGUAUGUUGUGGCUAUCUUGUUGGCUUUAGCACUUGUCUUUUCUGUGGAAAGCAUUAAGAAUUCAACGCCAUUUGUUAAAGACAUUUUAUUUCUAUCUUUUCCCUUAACCAGUGUUUCGGUGCCAUCAAAGUUGUUCUAUUCUUCUGUUCUUUUCUCGUUAGCGCCGACUAGUGUAAUUGGAUGCGUUAUUGCCCUUUUGAAAUUUCCAAUUUCUCGGGGUUUCAACGUAUCAUUCUAUGCGUUCCAGUUGAUUUUCGGAAUCAUAUUGCUCUUGAUGCAAGAUCAGUCAGCCAAUAGAUUUGAUCUGGAAGUAGAGUUAAUCGAAUCCGUAAUGCAGUACAACCGGAUGACCAAUAGAGACGAUGCACGGAAAUGGGAUGUAACGCAUCGAAAGCUAAAAUGCUGUGGUUAUGACAAUUAUCAAGACUGGUUCGUCACGCCGAACGAAAUAAGGACUGACGUCCCGGACUCUUGCUGCCUAGUACCGAUUAAGAAAUGCGGCUUGGAUGCGUCCAAAAGAGACCGAAUAGAAGAGAAAAUACAUACGCGCGGAUGCUAUCCAGUCUUAUCUGAUCAACUGAGGCAAAUUAGGCUGAUUUAUUUGAGCAUUGUAUUUAUUGUUUUGAGCACUCCCUUGAUUGUGUUUAUCCGUAAGAUACGGGCAUGGAUUGAAUCAAGAAGACUCUGGCAACGCGAUUAAUUGACAUGUUAUAAAGAUCAAGAUCAACGCAAUACAUUUAAUUUGAUUGCCUCAAAUGGCUGUAUUUUUGAACAGUGAUAUUUUAAAUAAACGUUUUAAAAUAUA